UAUUUUUAUUUCUGCCGUGAAAGCUGCACAGUAUCUGCCAUGUCUAAAUGCGAGCUUGAAUUGCUGUGAGAACGUAAUGUUUUCGUGGUGAUACUGCAUAUACUUCCACGACCUAUUUUAACAAAGAACUGCAAUCGCAAUAACGUUGUCAUCUGUUAGUCGUAUUAACACAAUUUUAGGAGAACUUACAGGCAAAUUAGCUGCAUAUAUAACAUUUUAACCUGUGAUGGGACAAAAUGUAGCACGUUUUCUUAUUUUCAAGAGGUUGUUACCAAAAACGUAAAAGGAGGAGAAGCAAGCAGAAACUGCUGACCUAGCACAUUAAAGGCUCAAUGUCAAGCAUUAAUAGCCAAACUGGGCUUUUGGUGGGCUCUUAGGCUGUGUUAUCCAGGCUUUAGGUGAACAUCUUAAAUUAAGACAACAAGUUAUUGCCACUGCUACAGUCUACUUCAAGAGAUUCUAUGCCAGAUAUUCCCUAAAAAGUAUAGAUCCAGUAUUAAUGGCUCCUACGUGUGUGUUUUUGGCAUCCAAAGUAGAGGAAUUUGGUGUUGUUUCAAAUACAAGGUUGAUUUCUGCUGCUACUUCUGUAUUGAAAACUAGGUUUUCGUAUGCCUUUCCGAAGGAGUUUCCUUAUAGGAUGAACCAUAUACUAGAAUGUGAAUUCUAUCUCUUAGAAUUAAUGGACUGCUGUUUGAUAGUGUAUCAUCCUUAUAGACCUUUGCUACAAUAUGUGCAAGAUAUGGGCCAAGAAGACAUGCUGCUACCUCUUGCAUGGAGGAUAGUGAAUGACACAUAUAGAACUGAUCUUUGUCUGCUGUACCCUCCUUUCAUGAUAGCUCUAGCUUGCCUACAUGUGGCCUGUGUUGUCCAGCAGAAGGAUGCAAGGCAAUGGUUUGCUGAGCUAUCUGUUGAUAUGGAAAAGAUUUUAGAAAUAAUCAGGGUUAUUCUGAAGCUGUAUGAGCAGUGGAAGAACUUUGAUGAGAGGAAAGAGAUGGCUACUAUUCUUAGUAAAAUGCCUAAACCAAAACCACCUCCAAACAGUGAAGGAGAACAGGGUCCAAAUGGUAGCCAGAACUCUAGUUAUAGCCAAUCUUAAGACAUUCCAAAGAAUUUGUUUAUGGACCACUUUGACUCAAGACAUCCUGGGAUCUUUCCUGUGUUCAUGAAAUGGACAGAAGGUUUUAGUAACAUCUUUGACAAAGAACUUGAAGAAUAAAUAGCUUGUUUGUGUCAAGCAUUUUGAAAGCUUUUUCUCUAAAACUGCAUCAUUUUCUCUGACGCUGGAGCAAAUGUACUAAGAUUUUUCAAUGUAAGGAAUCAAAUGUUAAACCAAGCUGCAAAAGAUUAACACUAUCCACUCAAAAUAAAUAGUUCAUUAUUGGUUUUGUUUGCUUUGAGAAAAUUGUAACUUGCCAUUGAAGUGAACUAUUUUUAAAGCGACAGUAACCUGAAGCCUAAGUGUAACUGUAUUAAUGACUUGUGUUGUCUUCAUUUUGUUUGUGACUGAAGGAAGGUAGCGCACUGUGUGUUAAAUCUAUUCAUUACCUUGAGUUUUGUUGAUUUUUUUGAAAAUAAAUAUGGAUUCUGUAACAAGUAACACAGCAAUCCUUCAGAAACAAAACCUAGAAGAGCCUGCAAAGAAUAUUGUUACAGUUUUAAUGAAAGCUGCAGGAAAGAAAUUCAGUUCCUUUUUUGGAUUAGAAAAAUGCUAUUUUACUUAGCAGAUGUACUUGGAUGUUUUUGCCACGAAGUGUAGUAGCCCAGCUUACCAGAGAAGUGCAAUAUGUAUAGUGAUUCUGCAGUUUUCUUAAACGUUUCAAGUGUUAGGAAUUAAAAAAACCCAACAUACUAUGAUUUUUUUUGCAAGUAAAUGUACUGUAUAGUACAAUCGGAAUAUUUCACAGUCAAGUACAAAUCUGGAUAUGAUUGCUGUUUUUUAUGGUGGAUUUUUUUUUGUACAAAAGAUAUACACUGUUAGUCUGCCUUCACUGUUGGUGUGAAUUUGUGUGGUUCAUUAGAGAGUUUAUUUAAGAGGAUCAAGCUUUUGGUGAGUUUCAUACUGGCUAAUUUUAAUUGUGAUGUUAGGAGCAACUCUUUAGAAUAACUGAAAUGGGAUUCCUUGGUUAACUAUGUGCUGGAGAAAAUGAGAUUCCUUCAAACAGAAGGCCAUAUCCUGUGUUCCUUACUCAGGCAGAUAUCCCACUGAAGUCAGGAAUUGGCCUAAAUCGAAUUUCUUGAUUUUUAGGUAACUUUGUUUCUAAUUAAGUUCUGUACAACUUCAUUUUGAAUGAUAGUGCUGACUUGCCCAAGUAUAAAAAUUGAAUGAUAAAGUGCAGUAACAUUGUUCUCUUUUUUUUUUUUUUUUUUUUUUUCCCUGAAGCAACACAUUUCACUGGUCUGAAAUAUUGGAGGGAAAUUCUUGAAAACCCUUGCUCUGUGAUGCGUCUUGGUUUAAAAAACUGGCCCCUUAAAAAACCCCUGUUUUUUGCAAAUACCUGUCUUUGUAAUUGGCUGGUCAUUAAGUGAAAUAUAACUGAAGUGUGUUUGUAUGUAGCCCAUUAGGCUACUAGCAUUUAUUUCUGUUCAGGUUAUUUUUGUAAAACAUUAGGUAAACAAGCCCAAACCACUUUGGUGAGAUAGAAAAUAUAUACAUUUUGGUCUUUGCUACUUUGUUUCCAUUUGAUCCAUACCUUUUAUAGACACUUGAUUGAUGAAGUGGAAUUUGGCUGUUUGCCUUUGUUUCUUGAAGUCUAAAAUGUGCUAUUUGUAAUGUGGACUUGGGGAGUAGAAAUAAAUCAAUGCAACUUGA